UGAGUGCGUGUGCGUGUGCGCGCCGUGUCGGAUCAAAAGAUUAGGAUGUGAACAAUGGACCUCCAGCUGCUCCGUUAAAGCUCCUCUCCUGGAUCGCAGCGCUGCGUUCUGCUUCUCUCCGCCUGAUGCUGCCUCUCCUCCAGCUUUUACCUGAAAAGUGCAGCAGAUCUCACCGCUCCGGGAGUUCAUUAGUGUUCACGGACAGCUGUUGUGUUUUAAAAUGUCACCUCAUGGCAGAUAAAAAGUGCUGCUUUUCUCAUUAGUCCGCGAUUUGGUGCGAAUGUUUCAGAACUGAUUCCUCUUUUCAACUUGUCUCGACUUCUUUUUACAGUCCUUCUCUGGUGGUUUUGCGUCGUUCCGUCGUCAUUUGAAUCUCUGUAGUCGUUUUUGCAUUUAUGUAUAUUAAUGUUCAGUCUUUCUCUUAGAAAUCUGCAUCUUUCUGCACACAUUUUGCAAAUCGUUGCACUAUUAUUUUUUUUACAUCUCUGGUCAUUUUUUGCAUCUCUGUAUAAUAUUUGGAGUCUUUCUCUUCUAAAUUUACAUCUUUCUGUACAUAUUUUGCAUCUCUGUAUGGUAAUUUUGAGUGUUUCUUUCUAAAUGAGCAUCUCUCUGUGCUCAUUGUGUGUCUCUAGUCAUUUUUUAUUUCUUUGUUGUCAUUUUUGCAUCUAUUCAUUUUGCAUCUCCGUAGUCAUUUUUCGUCUCUAUUCAUUUUCCAUCUCCUUGUGCUAUUUUUUGCAUUUCUCUGCCCUCAUUUUGCACCUCUUUGCUCAUUCUAGACCCCUCCAUUGUCAUUUUUCAUGUCUUUCUACUCAUUUUGUGUUUUUUUCCCAAUCAUCUUUCAUCUCUUUGCUCAUUUUUUGCAGCUCUGUACACUAAUUUUGAGUCUUUCUCUUCUCAAUUUACAUCUUUUGGCAUAUAUUUUGCACGUCUUUAUUUUUUGCAUCUCUGAAUAGUAAUUUUUAGUGUUUCUUUUCUAAAUGAGCAUCUCUCUGUACACAUUGUUUCUCUUUAGCCAUUUUGUAUUUCUCCGUUGUCAUUUUUGCGUCUCUGUUUUGCAUCCGUCUGUACUCACUUGUUUUACGUUUCUUCAUUGCCAUUUUGCAUCUCUGUAGUAAUUUUUGUGUCUCUCUAUUCAUUUUGCGUAUCCUUGUGCUAUUUUUUUGCAUUUCUCUGCCCUCAUCUUGCACCUCUUUGCUCAUUCUACACCCUCCAUUGUAAUUUUUCAUGUCUUUCUACUCAUUUUGUGUUUUUUUCCCCAAUCGUUUUGCAUCUCUUUGCACUAAUUUUGUGUUUAUUUAUACCCAUUCUGCACCUCUCUGCUCAUUUUGCAUCCCUCUGUUGUAAUUUUGCAUCUCCCUGUCCUCAUUAUUUUUCAUUUCUACUAAUUUUGCAUUUCUCUGUACUCACAUGGUGUAAUCCUUUUGCAUUCCUUUAUUGUCAUUUUGCAUAUUUGUGUAUAAAUAUGCGCUUCUCUCCUCAUUUUGUGUCUCUGUGCUCAUUUUGCAUCUCUUUACUCAUUUUGCAUCCCUCCACUGUCAUUUUUCUGCUCAUUUUGCAUCUCUUUGUAGUAAUUUUGCAUCUUUCUUCUCUCAUUUAGUCUGUCUUUGUACUUAAUUUGCAUUUCUUUAUACUCAUUUUUGUGUCUCUUCUCAGUCAUUUUGCAUCCCUUCACUCUAAUUUUGCAUCUCUUGCUUAUUUUGCAUUUCUGUCUCCUCACUUUGCGUCUCUGUAAUCUGUUUGCAUCCCUUCAUUGUCAUCUUGCACCUCUCUGCAGUCAUUUCGAACAUUUCUAUAUAUUUUAUUUUACAUCUCUCUCUACUAAACUUGCAUCUCUCUGCACAUAUAUUUUGCAUCUUUGUAAUCUUUUUUUGCAUCCCUUCAUUGUCAUUUUUUGCAUCUCCCUGUCGUCACUUUGUGUCUCUGCCGGUAUUCUGCAUAUUUCUGUAUAUAUUUUGCUGCUGUCUCUACUCAUUCUGCAUCUCUGUGCACUUAUUUUACAUCUCUACUAAUUUUGCAUCCCUCCACUGUCUUCAUUUUGCAUCAAUAUGUGAUCAUUUUCUUUUCUACUCCUUUUUUUGGCGCCUCUUUCUCCUCAUUUUGUCUCUGUUUGUGCUAAUUCGGUGUCUCUCUCCACUAAUUUUGUCUCUCUGUGCAGCAAUUUUCCUUUUGUCUGGACUCAUUUUGUAUCCCUUUACUGUGAUUUUGCUCCGCUAGUUAGUCAUUUUGUGUCUCUGUUGUCAUUUUUUGCUUUUUAUUUUCUGCAUGCAAACUAAGAAAAGAAAUAUCUCUAACAGGCAGGAGUGUUGUCAGUGUGAGUGAUGAGGCUGUGGUCAUACAUUAGCGCCAUGGGGUGGCCGUGCUCCUCGUGCUCCUCCUGUGCGCCAGCCUCUUCCUGGUCUACAACGGCAGCUUCUACAGCGCCUCCAGGGACGCCAACGACACGCGCAUCCGGCAGCAUGAGCAGCAGCGGCGGCCCACCGAGGCCUCGGUCCGGGUGGCCAAGCCUCACCCACCGGCGCUGCAGGGAUACAGCGGCAUCAUCGACCAUAAGCCUCUCCGGAUGCACUGCCACACCUGUGCUCUGGUCACCAGCUCCGGUCACCUGAUCGGAGGCGGUCGAGGUGAGGAGAUCGACCGGGCCGAGUGCGUCAUCCGCAUGAACGACGCUCCGACCGCCAGAGGUUUCGCCCGAGACGUGGGCCGCCGCACGUCGCUGCGAGUCAUCGCUCACUCCAGCAUGCAGCGAGUCCUGAGGAGUCGCCACGAGCUGCUCAACGCCAGCCAGGACACCGUGUUCAUCUUCUGGGGACCCAGCAACUACAUGAGGCGCGACGGGAAGGGGCUGGUCUACAACAACCUGCGGCUCAUGAACCAGGUGCUGCCCAAACUCAAAGUCUACAUCAUCUCCUGGCAGAAGAUGCUGCAGUUUGACGAACUCUUCAAGAAGGAGACGGGAAAGGACAGGAGGAUCUCCAACUCCUGGCUGAGCACCGGCUGGUUCACCAUGACCAUCGCCCUGGAGCUGUGUGACCGGAUCAACGUCUACGGCAUGGUGGCCCCGGACUUCUGCAGGGAGCCUCAGCAUCAGUCCGUCCCGUACCACUACUACGAGCCCCGGGGUCCAGACGAGUGUGCCAUGUACAUUUCUCACGAGCGUGGCCGUCGAGGCAGCCAUCAUCGCUUCAUCACCGAGAAGCGGGUCUUCGCCAGCUGGGCGCGGACGUUUGACAUCCACUUCUACCAGCCGGACUGGAGCCCGCCGCCGCUGCCGGCCAACCGGACGCUGGACGGGGCGUCGACGGCUCCUCAGAAGACGUGACUGGAAGAAACCGCUGCAGACGUCCAUCCCAGAAAGACCGAGCACGAGGGGAAUCUGCACCGGACCCUUUAAGAGCAAGGCAGGAAGUCUGUAACUGUAAACAGUUGAAGCUGCUGGACGUUGUUUGGACCGCUGAGGUCUCAUUUUUUUGGAAAAUCUUGAAAAGUUUUGUAGAACUCGAGGUUAAAUUAAAUUAUUGCUGCUCAGAUGUCGUAUUCAUCUGCAGCUAAGACUAGAAGUUGAGCUGGAUGAGGUUCUUGGAUCGUCCAACAGAGGCUCAAACCCCUUCAAAUCAUUUCCCUGACUUCCACCUGAGAGCAUCGUGAUCUCACGAGUUCACCGGGAGGUUUCAUCUCAUGCUUGCUUCACUCCUGCUCCAAAGUAUCAUAAGGCUUUGUUGGCGCCUGUCGCCUGUUAAUUGUGCGAUUUACACAGCUACCAGCCGGGUUUCCAUGUAAAUGCACAUCCAUGUCAGACGAGACAAGUGCAGAUUUGUUUGUUCAGCUGAUGGCUCUCCGUUGUGUUUGACUUGAUGGCGAACACGCUCCAUGUGGACCGCCCUCCUCUUUCUUCGUGAAUCAGAAUCAGGUGUCGGUCCGAAGACGUUACCUUAAUGAAACGUCGGCUGGUCUCUCGUCUCUGUAGUCAUGAGAGGACGGAUGCUGCGGGUCACGCACAUAUAUGUUCGCAUCAUGAAGGCAUGUUUCACGUUCCACCUCCCUCUCAUCCAUCACAACCGUCUGUGGCGGCGCUGCGGUUUGACUUCUGCUGGUUUUGUUUCACAGCAAACACUGAGAUGUGUUAUUCUGCUCCGGAAAGACGUCCAUUUAUCUGUGAAUGGCUGCUGGCAAACACGAGUAAUGUGCUGAGUACUUGAAUAUUCCUGGUUUUUGCCCAGAUAAGUGCAGAUUCUGACUGUAACUCUGACUGUUUGUGCUCCACUGGAUGAUCUCUUUGCUCAGUAAAACGUCCAUUCUGAGUACGGAGAGGCCAAAGGGACGAAGAUAUUCAGUCAUCAGCGAUGGAAGACAAAAAGCAUCAGAUGUUGACAUUUGUUGAGCUGAAAGCAGCGGUGCAGGUUUCAUAAACAACUUACAGUCCAGCGUUGUGAGUGUUCAAUGAAAGGACUGAUGUCUGUCAUGGACGGUGAUGGACGACGUGUUUCCCUCUGUCACUGCAUCUGCUGGACUGCUCCUCGGUUCCAGGAGGUUUUUGGUCGCUUCUAACAAAUGUUUGAGGAGUUAUUAUACAGACGAAACGGACAAGACAGAAUGAGUUAACCCUCCUGUUGUCCUCAUGUACGGGCACCAAAAAAUAUUGUUUCCUUGUCUGAAAAAAAUCUAAAAAUUCAGCAAAAAAAUUCCCCAAAUUUCUGAAAAUUAGCAAAACCUUCAGGAAGAAAAUUCCAAGAAUUCCUUAAAAGUUUCCCUUUAAAGCUUUAUUUUAAAAAUUCCCAAAUUUGGCAAGAAAAUUCUUGUAUAUAGUUUCAAAAAUGAGGAAAAAUAUUCCAAAAAUAUAUAUAUAUAUAAAGUGAUUAGAUAUAUAUCAGUAAAACUUCUAAUAUUUUCUUUAAGAACAUUCACAUAAAAAUCAACCAAAAUCCAGCGAAAUUCGCUGGAUUUUGGUUGAUUUUUAUGUGAAUGUUCUUAAGAAACAUUUUUAACAUUUCUUUUUUCCACCAAAAAAUGUUUAAAGAUUUCCUAAAAAUGUUGAAAAUGUGGACAUCAGAAGUUUCACUGUGAAAAUGUUUUCUUUUCAGGACGACACGAGGGUUAAAUUCCCGUAAUUAACCAUCAGACAGCGGUAGGAUCCAUGAGUGUCUCCAAAGAAAGACCGCUUUGAGUUUCACUGUUAAAGAAAACAGAAAUAAACUCUGGUGCUGGUUGUUGUGACUCCUCGAUAAGCUGCUGUUAGUGACUGCGGUACGAUGCAUUAAACAUCACUCGGCGUGUGGUCGAAUCUCGCAUGAAUGACGGACGUUGCAUGAGGAGCAUUAAUGAAGAAGAACCUCUGUGUGAAUGACAGAAAGCACGACUUUAACGGGCCGAUGGAGCAGCAGCGGUGCACAUCCAUGUCUGGAAAAAGGGGCUUAAAGGGCAGCAGUCUUUCUCCAGAGCUUUACAAUCCACUCUUCAUUAGCCUGAGAGGGAUUUUAAGACUCCUGGUUUCCUGUUUGCACUCAGCUCAUCCACACAUUUACUGCACAAACAUGUCAACCUUCUCAUCUCCAUCUCUGCAAAAGUCAAUCUAUAACUGAGGGACUUUUGAAGUAAAUGGGAUAUAUCUGCAUACAUUUUUAUUAUAAGUACAAAAAAUAAUGUUUUUUAUGUUCAUUAUGAUCACGUCUUUACAAAUUCUAUCAUUAUUUAUUAUGGAAACAAUCACUUAUUAAUAAAAAAUGACUGGAUGUCACUAGAAUGUCAAGUAAAUGCCCAUCUGAAUUUAAUUCCAAUCACCUUCUAAUUAGCUAAACAAUAAUAAAAUGAGUUUAUUCAGAAAUAGUUUGGAUUGUUUUCUUUUUAUUAGGGUGAGACAAUCAUGACAGAUAUUUAUUUUUUGCCAAUAUGUCACAUUUUAUAUGGAAAACAACAAAUUAAAUCACUUUCCACGAAAUUCCUCUUUACAAAAACACCUCUCCAGGAAGUGUUGAUUCACAUGACCUGCUCCAUAUGAUGUCAUUUCCUCCUGAAGAGAAGACUGGAAGACUCCAAGGCUUUCUGACUUAUUUAGUAUAAAGUAGUCAACAGGUUUAAUAACUUUCAAUUUCAGUUUUACUCAGUUGUAUAUGUAAUAUUUAGAAGAAUCUUUCUGAAGAAAUACCAUGUGGUGUUUGGUUACAGGCGGCCAUGUUGAUUUUAGGCCUGAAAACAGCAAAAAUGUCAUCUAUGGUACAAAAAGUCUCACAAUUAUAUAUUAACCCAUCCAGAAUGACGUGAAAAUGAUCCAGAAUUACAGAAAAUUAGUCCAGAAUGACUUGAAAUUUGUCCUAAAUUAUUCCAAAGACACAAAAAUGAUCCAAAAUGAUGAGAAAAGAUCCAAGCUGACACAAAAGUUGUUGAAAAUGACAAGAAAAUUGUCCAAAAUUACAGAAAAUUAGUCCAGAAUGACAUGAAAUUUGCUGGAAGUGAAAUGAUUUUAGGCCUGAAAACGGCAAAAAUGUCAACUAUGAUACAAAAAGUCCCACAAUUAUAUAUUGACCCACAAGAUAACAAACAUCUCACAGAAUCCCAUUGAGCAGUUAGUCAGUAAUUGUUGCUUGUUAACUUUCUGUUUACUGACUUUCAUCAUCAACAUUUCAAUUAAUAAAUGACUUUCCAUCA